GGGGGGAAUGGACCGCGAGAAGCAAUCGGAGCGUGUGACGUUACCUGCUCGUUUUCACGGAGUGUGACGGGGACUGACUGGGAGUGGUUUUGGCCAUGGCGGGCUGCUGGCAGUGGUGCCACCGCACGUGUAUGUGCUUUCUAUCCGAGGAGGAGAAGACGACCAUCGCUGUGGACAGAGAGAUCGAGAGGAUCCUCAAGCAGCAGAAGAAGAAGCAGAGAAGGGAAAUUAAAAUUCUCCUGCUGGGUACUGGGGAGAGCGGAAAAACCACCUUCAUCCGACAGAUGAGGAUCAUCCACGGACGAGGCUUCUCAGAGGAGGAGAGGAGGACCUUUGCCAAAUGCAUCUUCCAGAACAUCCUCACAGCCAUGAAGGCCAUGAUAGGAGCCAUGGCCACACUCAAUAUCCCCUACUUCAACCCUGAGAACGAGAUCUACGCCAAGUGGCUGCAGGACAUAAACACGGUGCAGAUCCGCCAACUGGAGCGCGGAUACGUUGACGCAAUCCGCCGCCUGUGGGCGGAUUCGGGCAUCCAGGUCUGUUACAGCCGUCGCUGCGAGUACCAGCUCCUGGACUCCACUGAAUACUACAUGAGUAACCUGGACCGCAUCUCCGCCCCAGACUACAUCCCCACAGAACAGGACGUGCUGCGAGUUCGAUUCCCUACCACGGGCAUCCACGACUACUCCUUCAUCAUCAAGACCAUCACACUAAGGAUUGUGGACGUGGGCGGUCAGAAGUCGGAGCGUCGGAAGUGGAUUCACUGUUUUGAAAACGUCACCUCCCUCAUCUUCCUGGCCUCCCUCAGCGAGUACGACCAGGUCCUGGAGGAGAGAGAGACCAUUAACCGUAUGCGUGAGAGUCUGGCUCUGUUCUACACCACCAUCCAUUCUCCUUGGUUCUUAAACACCUCCAUCAUCCUCUUCCUCAACAAGACUGACAUCCUGGCUGACAAAGUCCUGACCUCUGACCUGCAGAAAUACUUCCCCAGCUUCACGGGUAAGAGGCAUGACGCCGAGGAUGCCAAGAACUACAUCCGCAAGAUGUACGAGCAGCAGGCCACCAACCACGACAACCGGGACGAGUGGAAGACUCUCUACCCGCACUUCACCUGCGCCACGGACACCAGCAACAUACGCAGAGUCUUCAGCGACGUCAAGGACACGGUGCUACUCAAGUCUCUCAGGGACUACGGAGUCAUCUGAACAUUUAAACAGUGGUAAAACACAGGAGCAAAACACUGGUCCUAGACUCUCUUGGCACUAUUUACUUCUACUGAUGAAGGCCAAAAUGUUACUUCUUUUUCUACGUUCUUUCUUAAACAACAGUCAGACCAUCCUGCUUCUGUCCACCCCUCUUCCUCUUCUCCCUCAUCAGGUCUUAAGAAGCAAAGUGGAUAACAAAGGGACAAGUUUGUACUCCUAUCUCACCUUCGCCACCCCACUCUCUUCCUCUUCUUUCUCUCAAGUAGAAAGCAUGAAGACGUUUAGAGAGAUUGGGAGACACAAGACUUAAAUGACUUCUGAUACCCCCUGCCCCCCUCAUUUUGAGUGUCUGGGUGAUGCAGUGACUGAAUUAAACCAUAACUGAAUUGAUGCAAUGAAGUGUUGUGCUGCCAUUAACGGAGUAAUGACUUUUACCAGUGCACGGCAGCUGAAUUCUCACAAUACCACGCAAAAAUUCAUCUCUCAGGCUUCACGUAAUCCGUUUGUGUCUGAACCACCAGCGGUUUGGACCAAUCAGCGUCUUGUGAGGAGCUACUGGCAGCUACGGUUGUGAUUUAGGUGUGUGUGAUGUCACAGCGACUGGAGAGUAUUUUUUCAUUGAAGGAUGAGCAAAGAACGGCACUGAAGGCUUUCUCGAUUGAAAAGAUCUUUUCCCCUUCACCCGACUGGCUUCGGCAAGAGUUAGAUAGAAUGAUUGUUCAUCCAAUCACCUGCCCUUUUCCAAACUUUUUCCAAUGACGGCUUCUCCGAUGGUUCUGUGUAACAAACCACACAAACUGUUUAUAUUAUUAAGAUAAUGGCAAUACAUGAGUUAAAACCUGCUGCACCUUUUAUUAUCAGACAUCCUGAAUCCGGGGAUUUUCUCUCUGUGAUUAACAUCACCACAGACUAUUUGCUUGUUUCACAAACACUGCACUCCUGUCAGAGAGCCAACAUCCCUAUUGAUUACAGUUAUCUCACACUGGCAAUAUUCCUAUCUGUCUCCAUCAAUUAUUGUGUGCAAAAAGAUUGAUCUAAAAGUAAAGUGAAAGAAUGCUAAUGUUGCUCCAUAACUGUUCGAUGUAUGAAUAGGUGACUGUUUGCUAACAAGUUUGGCAUAUCAAAUUAAAAGGUGUCAAUGUUUAUUGAGAUUGUUUUUAAUGGCCCCAAAGUGCCUAAAUGUCUAUUUUUCAAUAUUUCAAAAAUGCAAUUGGUCAUAAUCUCUAAAAUGUAAUUUUCAACAUUCAGUUUUAACACACAAUAAAGCCAGCAGCAGAAUCUGCACCGUUUACCGCAAUUAAUACACUACAUUAAAAUCAAUACCAUACAUUUGAGCACAAAUCACAGUUGGAGGCUGGCAGGUUUUUAAAAGGUCACAAGUGAAGGAAAUGAGACCUGUCUGAGAAAACAGCUCGAUUCAAACGGCAAGUUCAAAUCAAUAAUGGUGAAAAAAAACAAUCCAACAGCCGAUCCACUGGGUAAAGGAUAUUAAUAUGAGGUGGCAGUGUAAACUCUAUUCAUACCAGUGUGGAGAGUGGAAUUUUAUAAUAUUUAUUAGAGAUGUUAGUUCUGCUCCCCAGUGUGCGUCAUUGAGUGUUGAGUGGAAAAUGACAUUGGAAUUAAUUAAAUUAAAAGGACCUAUGGGAGGCGAACAUUAGCUCACAAUGUGUCUGUUCUGUGGUUUCGGCUGCUCUUUUGUUAACUGUAUAUAAAGUAUUUUGAUCUAUACACUGCUACACAAUUUGACUGUACAUGUACUAAUGACUACUUUUUAAUUUGACUACUUUUGAUUUUUGAGUUUUAACUGCUGUUUUUUUUUAUACUGUUUACCAGCAGCACAAACUGUGAUUGUCUAGUGAACUACUUUUUCGGCAUUGGGAGACGAGUGUAUUAUUUUGUGUAGACUCGGGUGGAGGAAAUGGGCUAAUAUUUGUUUUUCUAGUUAAUAUU